GUCUCUUUUCCCUCGCUAUCCCACCCUCAAAACUUCCCUUCCUCAAGUUCCCAUUCACAAAGUAAGGGUUUCUACUUUCUACAGUCGCAUCUCCUCCCUGCACUCAACCACGCAUCUCCGCCGUAAGCAAAUUUUCAAUUUUGCGUUCAAUUCCACUUCCAUAUCCCUCAAGUUUGGUUGCGCGCGCACUCCAUAGCCACAGUCGCCGAAGUUAGUUUUCCUUUCAGGAUGGACGAUUCUCCAGACAUUUUGUCUCAAUUGAAUAUUUCCAAAGAGGAGAAAGACAAGCUCGUUGCAGAAGUGAUUCGCCAUGUGCUUUUCAAGAAUCACCAGAACUCAGGUUGCCCUAUUAAGAGGGAUGAGCUCAUUCAGAUAAUUACUAGAAACUACCGUCAGCGGCAGCUUCCCAGUCUCGUCAUUGAGGAGGCCACAGAGAAGCUUUCCUCCAUUUUCGGGCUCGAAAUGAGGGAGCUUCAGCGUGCUCGUCCCAUGUCGAACAACCACAAGCGUGGUUCUUCUCAGCCAAGUACUGCUGAUGCUAAAUCCUACGUUGUUAUGAGCAAACUAUCUGCUGAUGUGUAUGGGAAGUAUGUCGAGGAUGUUAAUACUGCACAUUUGACUGGAUUUACCUUUGUUGUUAUUAGCAUUGUGCAGCUCGCUGGAGGCCAAAUACCGGAAGACAAUCUUUGGCUUCAAUUGACACGGUUGGGACUGCAUGAGGCGGAUGAGCAUCACCCUGUCCUUGGAAAUAUUAAGCAGGCAGUGGAGACCCUAGUGCAGCAAAGGUAUUUGCAAAAAGGCAAAGUGAAUGGUCCUGAUGGUAGUUCUGUAACCUAUGAGCUUGCUGAAAGGGCAUUAGAUGGACCAGUGAGUGAGAAAAUUAAAGAGUACAUAUCCCAGGUUGCAAAAGAGGAUGUUGCUUUCGUAGAAGUCGAAUGAAUCAACUUUGCAGUCGGCUACUCACUAGAGGCAUAACGGGAUUUAGUCAUUUUUGCAAGCAGACAUCUUAGUUGUCCUACCAUUUGAUUCUUCUUGUUUCUUGCUCCAUCUCUUGCAGCCUAAGUGUGAUUUUGCCUCUAGACAUACUGCGAAUGCAGAAGUAAAUAGUUGGGUGUUGGAAUCUUUUUUGCUGAAACAAUGAGGCCUGUCCUUGAGUAACUUCAUUUAGCUGCCCCUUAGAUGAUCUGGCUUGCAUUGCUGGGAUACGAGAAAGCCAGUGAUUUGAGAUUUCUAUGUAUGGCACUGACCUGACAAAUCCUACUGUCCAUUUUGUUUCGGCUGAGUGCAGCGAGUUUUCAUGUCAGGUUGCGUUUGUUUACUGAUGGUUUUGUCUGGAAAUUGUGCUCAGACGUACGUUGAAGAAAACAUGCCGUCCUAAUACUUAUAUGCCGUUAGGUUAAUACUUAAAUUGUCCAUUCAUUU